GGGCCCUAGUGAUGGCAGCCAAUGAGCAUCUGUGUCGAGCAGUCUUUCCCUUUUGCCUCGCCUACUUCCAUUUCUUCUUCUCUUUCACUCAUCAGGCUUCGGACUCGUCGUGCUUCUGCAAGCAGCUCGGUGGGACAGGAAAAGAGUCGGUGGAAAAGCGGGGUGAGAGGUCGGAUGCGGAGACCCGUUUGGAUCCUACUGCUCGCAGCUUGGGCGGCGGCCGCACUCCACCUCGCCGAUGCGGGGGCCAGCGGCGGCGAUGGAUUCCCUGCUAUGCUGACACUGGAAAGGGCGUUGCCUAUGAAAGGAGUCAGUUUGAAGCAUCUUAGGGCUCGGGACCGCGCCCGGCAUGGCCGGUCUCUGCAGGGUGGCUCCUCGCUGACGUCCGCUGGAGUGGUAGAUUUCCCCGUCGAGGGCUCCUCCAAUCCGCUCACCGUUGGGCUUUAUUAUACUCGUGUUAAAUUGGGCAACCCAAUAAAAGAAUUCUAUGUUCAGAUCGACACAGGAAGUGAUAUCUUGUGGGUGACAUGCAACGGAUGCAAUGGAUGCCCAAUAUCAAGUGGACUAAAUAUCCAGCUAGAGUUCUUCGAUCCUUAUAAGUCAUCAACGUCAUCAUGGAUAUCUUGUUCUGAUAAUAGAUGCACCUCUUAUUUCCAAAGUGGAGAGGCUUUAUGCCCCAAUUCUGGUUCUUCAAAUACUCCAUGCAGUUACACAUUCCAAUAUGGUGAUGGAAGUGGCACAUCUGGAUAUUAUGUAUCUGAUACUUUGUAUUUUGAUACAGUCUUGGGAAAUGAACAAUCUGUGGACUCCUCAGCUACAGUUGUCUUUGGUUGUAGCAACUCACAGUCUGGAGAUUUGACCAAGUCAGACAGGGCAGUUGAUGGAAUUUUUGGUUUUGGGCAGCAUGAAUUGUCUGUCAUAUCACAACUUUCCUCUAUGGGCCUCACUCCUAGGGUGUUUUCUCAUUGCUUAAAGGGAUCAGAAAAUGGUGGAGGCAUAUUGGUUUUUGGAGAAAUUGUAGAACCGGGCAUCGUUUAUACUCCACUUGUUCCAUCACAGUCUCACUACAACCUAAACCUAGAGAGUAUUAGUGUCAAUGGACAAAUACUUUCUAUUGAUCCAUCGGUGUUUUUAACUUCGAAUACACAAGGAACUAUUAUUGAUUCUGGGACCACACUGGCUUAUCUGGCUGAAGAGGCUUAUGACCCUUUUGUGAAUGCAAUAGUUGCUUCACUAUCCCCUUCCGUUCGUCUGAUCAAUUCCAAAGGAAAUGAGUGUUUCAUUACUUCCGGCAGUGUUGAUGAAUCAUUUCCUUCUCUUACAUUGAACUUCAAGGGUGGUGCAUCCAUGCCAGUAAAACCUGAGGAUUAUCUUUUGCAAGAAGUUUCUAUCGAUAAUUCUGUUAUAUGGUGUAUUGGUUGGCAAAAGAACCAGGGAUCAGGAAUAACAAUAUUAGGAGACCUCGUUCUCAAGGACAAGAUAUUCGUCUAUGAUUUAGCUAAUCAGCGCCUAGGCUGGACGAGCUAUGACUGUUCUCUAUCUGUCAAUGUGAGUAUUUCAUCUGUAAAAAACCAGUACCUAAACACUGGACAGUUCCAAGUCAACAAAUCAUCCCAAAUUGUAUUUGGCAAGCUGCAUUGGAGUACCAUCACAUUUGCCCUGUUCUUGCUUAGCCUAAGCAGAUUACUAUGAAGUCAAAGAACACAUAAAUUGUAAUUCAUUAACGAGAGGCCACAAAGUGAUUCAAUAUUUUUCACAAUCCAUUGUGCUAUUUUCUUGUCAGUACUUUUAGAUAGUUUUGAUAUGAUCAACUAAGUUCGGUUAGAUUCUAUUA